AUGUCAGCAACCAAUGGAAGUCUUGAUUACAUCACAGUUAUCUUGCCAAGUAUAUUUGGAAUCAUAUGUUUCCUUGGUAUCGUGGGGAACUGCAUCGUUAUUUACACCAUCACCAAAAAGACCAAGUGCCGGGCGAAGCAGACAGUAGCUGAUAUCUUCAUCUUCAACCUCGCCAUCGUGGACCUCCUCUUCCUCCUUGGCAUGCCGUUCCUCAUCCACCAGUUAAUGGGCAAUGGCUCCUGGUGUUUUGGGGCCGCGAUGUGCACGGUCAUAACAGCUCUGGAUUCCAACAGUCAGACCGUUAGCACGUACAUCCUCACCGUCAUGACCCUGGACCGAUACCUGGCCACCGUCCACCCCAUUCGGUUCAACCACGUGCGGACGCCGUGCGUGGCGGGGGCUGCGGUGGCAGUGGUGUGGCUGCUCUCCCUCCUGUCCAUCACCCCCGUCCUCAUGUACUCCGGGCUCAUGCCCUUGCCCGGCGAUCUGGUGGCAUGUGCCCUCCUGCUGCCCAACCCGGCUUCAGACGUCUACUGGUUCACCCUCUACCAGUUUGUGCUGGCCUUCGCCUUACCGCUGGUGGUCAUCUGUGUGGUCUUCUUCAAGAUCCUCCAGCACAUAUCCACCGCUGUGGCUCCGCUGCCCCCCAGACGCCUACGGCUGCGCACCAAAAAAGUAACCCGCAUGGCGGUGGCCAUUUGCCUGGCUUUCUUUGUGUGCUGGGCACCCUAUUACAUUCUCCAGCUCGUCCAUCUUGGCAUCCAUCAACCCAGCCCCGCCUUCUCGUAUGCCUACAACAUCGCCAUCAGCAUGGGCUAUGCCAACAGCUGCAUCACCCCCUUUCUGUACAUCAUCCUCAGUGAGACCUUCAAGAGGCAGUUCAUCGUGGCCAUCCAGCCAGCGCACAAAGACUUCCGGGUCAACCCCAGCACCACGGACGGGAGCGAGAGCUUGCAUUUGGGCCUGGACCGCCAGCAGCAGUCCCAGUCCUCCAGAGCGCUCCUGCAGGAGGGAGCACAGGAGAACAGAGACAGCCACUGA